AAUAUAUAAAUAAAUUUAUAUCUAAGUUUUUGGGAUAAGCAAUAAUUUUAACAUCAUAAAUAGUGUAAAAUUGACUCCAGAACUUGGAUAGGAUGUGAACUUAGAUUCUAGAAUAUAUUUUAGAUUAACUAACUUGUUACUGUGAUCCCAUGGGCUCGUUUUGCUGGUUUCCUGCUGUCCGCAGAAUCCCUGUUGGAAUCCCAGCAGAUCCACGCUCCUCUCAAGCUCUCCGCUUCCCUCUUCUCUACUCACCACCAUCUACUCUUCUCUAAUCCUCUGUUUGACCUUAAACCUUUACUCUCCCCUGUUUCCUCUUCUAUAAUCCUCUGUUUAAGCCGUUAAUUUUCGAAGGCGAUGGCGGUCUCUUCGAGUGGAAGAGGCGAGCUUUCGGAGCAGUGGAAGAAGCGAGAGACGAAUCCGGAGAGGACGAAGGUCUGGGCGGAGCCGAAGCCGAAGACGUCCGGCAGGAAAGUCUCGGUGGUCUACUACCUCGCCAGAGACGGCCAUUUGGAGCCCCCUCACUUCAUGGAUGUCCCGCUCUCGUCCGCCGAGGGGCUCUAUCUCAGAGAUGUCAUCAAUCGUCUCGAUAUUCUCAGAGGAAGAGGGAUGGCUGCCAUGUACUCGUGGUCUUCCAAACGGAGCUAUAAGAACGGAUUUGUGUGGCACGAUCUCUCCGAAGACGACUUCAUCUACCCGGUUCACGGCCAAGAGUACAUUCUCAAAGGAUCGGAGCUCCCCCACCUCGGCAACCCUUCUAACUCUCAGGAAUUCCUCGCUGCCUCUUCUUCCAACUCCGAGAAGCCUCCCGAAAUCCCCAAUUCCGUCCGAGGCGAUUCCAACUUCCCCGUUUCAAGAAGAAAGAAGACGUCUUGUAAUUCUCGCGAUCAAAAAGAGUUCACGGCCUGCAAGAGCGAAGCGGCGCCGGAUCCCACCGUCAAAUUCUCCGACGCCUCGACCCAGACCGACGACCCGCGACACAGGCGGCGAGCUCCCGUCGGAGAGGAAAGACGAGAGACGAUUCCGAAUGUCGAAGCGACGGAUAUCGUCACGGGCGAGAUCUCGCCUCUGACGUCCCCCUCCAGCCCUGAGACGCUGGAAGCGCUGAUCAAAGCCGAAGGCCGGAUCGUGGCGAUACGCCCGGAGUAUCGCGAAAUCCCCAAUUGCGUCCGAGGCGAUUGCAAUUUCCCCGUUUCAAGAAGAAAGAAGACGUCUUGUAAUUCUCGCGAUCAAAAAGAGUUCACGGCCUGCAAGAGCGAACCGGCGCCGGAUCCCGCCGUCAAAUUCUCCGACGCCUCGACCCAGACCGAUGACCCGCGACACAGGCGGCGAGCUCCCGUCGGAGAGGAAAGACGAGAGACGAUUCCGAAUGUCGAAGCGACGGAUAUCGUCACGGACGAGAUCUCUCCUCCGACGUCCCCCUCCAGCCCUGAGACGCUGGAAGCGCUGAUCAAAGCCGACGGCCGGAUCGUGGCGAUACGCCCGGAGUAUCGCCAUCGAACGGUAGGCGCCUGCUCGAACGGCAGGGCGAGGGCGUCGGCGUCGGGAGUCCUGACGCAUCUGAUCGCGUGCGGCUCGAUCUCAGUGAAGGACCCGGGGAUCUCGCUGGUGUCGCAGUACAGGGGAAGACUGCCGCGGGCGAAGACCGAAAAGGGGACGAAGGAGAUUGAGGAGGCUUCACGGGGAAUGCCUCCUAGUAUUUGGGCAACUGGAUUGGAGGAUAUGGAGUAGUUUAUUGGGAGUUUGAUUGAAACCAGGAAGCUAGCUGGGGAGUGAUGGUGAGGGAGAAUUCCCCAGCCAUUCCCCACCUUGAAGUGGUCGUCUUCCUGCAAUGCUGCUAUGGUGAAGUGAAUGUUUCUACCAUGAGACCAGAGAAUAAGAUAUCUCUAGCUCUCAUUUUGAAGACCCAAAAAAAAUUCGAUCUUCCUACGAGAGGACACAGCGGAAAGACAUUUUUUGCAUGAAUCACAGAUGGAAUAAGCGGGGCCGGUCAUAAAAUUAAAAACAAGGUGAGCUGAAAGCCGUGAGAUUUGCUCUAAAUUUAUUUGCAAUGCCCCGGUGCCUCAACAUGGUAAGAGUUAGCCUCUUGGACAUUCUGGUUGAUAUAAAUAUCAUUGUUUUUUGUGGUAGAUACAUUUGUGAGUGAACAAAUAUGCUCCUAUGCUUAUAUUGAUAUGUUUAUUGAUAAUUUAAAAGAUGAAAAAUUUUAAUACUGCUAGUGUUUUAAAAUGCAAUGUAUAAUGCUGCAUAUGUGUUUGUAUAUCCGUACGUGGCCCCUUGACUACACUCUAUAGUCUAUUGUCUAUGUACAAUUAUUAUAUACAGCCAUAGCAUAUAUAGGCGAAAAAUGACAAUCUUCUUAUCGUUAUGUGGAUUCUUGAGCCACAUAUGCAGCCCUAGGCUCAUAUAGGCCCAUGCAGGUGAAGCAGUAAGCUGAUAUUUAGGUUUGAUUUGGAUAUAAGAUAGAGAUAUUAUGGAUAUUCAUAAUGUUAAAAUAAUGAUCAUAUUAUCAUCGCUAUUAUUAGGUAUUAGGCACGAAGCAACAAAUACUAAUCAUUAGUUGUCAUUGUCAUCAACCUUGUGAUUAUCCAUCUAAAACAUAUUACUGUCAAUCCGUCAUCAUUAUUUUUAUAUUAAUUAUUAUAUAUAAUAUAUAAUAAUAAUAAUUACAUUUAGUAUUCUAUAUAUAUCUUUAAAUAGUUAAAAAAAUAGUAACUGUAUAUGCUUCCAUAUAUGGUCAGCAUACUGUAUAUUUACUGUAUACCAUCCACAUUGCAACCACUUUUUAAAACACCAAAUACCACAUAUACACAAAUUACACAUAUUUUUUUAUUAGUUGUUGAUUUUUGUUCUGCUGAAUUUCAUUUAUUGAUGAAAUCGUAGUUUCUUCCCGAAAUUUUGUGAACAGGAGAUUAAGAAUGGAACCCAGGAAAUUGAGGACGGCCAUUCUAGACCAGAAAAUCCAAGACAAGGAAAGGAGGUAACUCGCCCAUCCCACGCGGUACAUGGAGGAGCGUAGGGAUCGAUGGUUAACCACCCUAGAACUAGAAAUAGAGAGAUAUUGUGUGAGAGAGAAAGAAACAGCAUAUCCCCUUGUAGAGAGGACAGCAAUGAUUUAUUCUGCCCUGUAUGCGUAUGAAAGAGGUUUAUGUUUCCCUAGUUUUCCAAAUGGUAUUCUUUAA